AUGAGACUCACGUUUGGUAAACAGCGUUAUCACGGCGGUACAACAGUGGCUUUGACCGAACAAGGAGCAUCCGAUUCCUUGCAUGCUGCGCAAGCUAUCUUCCAGAAUCAUUCCAACGAGGGCAUCAGGCCAUGUCCUCCAUCUACGGUGAACACAAAUGCCCAAACAAGGUCGCCAGGGCCAUCGCUACAAAGGCCAAGGCAGAGGCAAGAACAAAAGAAGGCACGCAUACGGACGAAACAGGUUCCAAGAAUCAAAACAACAGCUCCCGAUGGUAUUGAAUUGUCAAGAACACACACUUCAAAAAUCGCAGACAGAGACGAUGUCGGUAAUACUGCUCAAAUGGCCGCGGCUCUAGCACAUUCGCAAUCUAAACUCAAUACGGACAGCAAUCACCCCCAUUAUUCGGCGUUGGAUACGAUAAAAGUAUUGGAAACUUCAAAACUGAGCCGCUUGCUAGCCAUUCAUUCCCGCCCAUCUUCAAGAAACGCCUCUAAUGAAUCGUUGGCGCUCCACACCGAAAAUGGCUCUCAGGAAAAUUUGUUUAGUCCACCUAGUUCCAGUAGAAGACUAUCAUCAACCUCUGCCGAGCCUGCCAUUAAUAAAGACGGCAGUAAACCUCUACUCAAAUAUAAGCCCUCUCCGCCCUCGCAAUCAUCAUUUGUCGAUAAUAGGAUACUGUACGAAAACGAAAAUCAGUCAUUGACUAGUAUCGAAUCUAGGCAUAGCCUCAAUAUGGACACAUCUGACGUCAUUUCAAAUAGGUCGCAGACAAGUCUGUCCCAAACAAUUAAUCAGCUUUCUCUAUGUGAAUCGGAGCCGUCCAUUGCAAGCUCGAGCACCCCCACUACUGCAAAUAACCAGGGAAACGGGUUGCCCAACUUGGUUCCCAAUUAUUCCUCUGACAUGAGGAAAAAGAAGCUAGUUAAUAAGUUCAAACGAAAGGUUUUUGGAGUUAAAACUAGAAACUCGUUCUCCCAAUAUGAAGUAUACGUGAACAAUGAAGAUUUGGAACAACAUGAACAACAGUCAGGUUUGAAAUUCAAAACAACACUACGUAAAAAUUCAGUAGGUACAGCCCCUGGAAACGAUCAUGCGAAUUCACUGCAGGUGGGAGAUGUGAGGUAUAAAUACAAUCCUGCGAACGACACAUAUGAUGUGUACGACAAUACGGACUCAGACUCAGAAUCAGAUCCAGGUCAGGACACUUUAACCAAGCCUCGUAAAAGGGAUAGAAUUAAAAGGAAGAUCAAGAAAUCUGCCAAUAAAACGACACAUCACAGGCCCAUUCAUCGCACCGGGAAUCGAAAGUUUAACGAGGAUAAACCUUGGAAAUCCCAUACAGAUAUAACCUUUGUCACGGACAAUGAAAGAAAGCGCUACGAAAGUAUGUGGGUGAGCAAUAGACACCGACAUUUGAAUUUGUUGAGCUGGUGGCCCUCCUUGACACACGAUUCCACAGUAAUUAACAAUUUACCUGAGGACGGGUUGAUCUUGAACGUUAUUGUCCACGAUAUCUGGAAGCGAUCCUACCUACCCAAUAACUUAUUGGCCGAAAUCUAUACAAAAGUUGACUCAAGAAAGGAUGGUACAUUGGACAGAAAAUCUUUCAUUGUCGGGAUGUGGCUCGUAGAUCAGUGCUUAUAUGGCAGGAAACUACCCAACAUCGUCGAGCAAUGCGUUUGGGAUAGCGUGGAUAGAUAUACGUCUACCACAGUGGUUCCAGUGAGUACUCUCAAGGCGAUGGCCAAACAAAAGAAGAAACAAAUGAAGGAAGAAAUCAAGAAUAUCAAGAAGGAAAAUAGAGUAGUUCUUAUAGAUCAUAAUAGCCCGUCAUGA